AUGCUCUCGAAAUACAAUAUUAUAUACGUGAGCCAAAAAGCAAUAAAAAGGGACGCUAUAGCAGAAUUGCUUGCAGAUCGCGCUACUGAAGAGUAUGAACCGAUGAAGCUAAAAUUUCCUGAUGAAGACUUAAUGACUAUUUUUCAACUGGAAGAAGGGGAGCAUGUAGAAAAAUGUUGGAGAAUGUACUUUGAUGGAGCUGCUAAUGCCUUGGGGCAUAGAAUUGGGGUAAUUCUAAUUUCUUCAAAAGAACAAUACUACCCUGUAAUAGCGAGGUUAAAUUUUAAUUGCAUAAAUAACAUCGUUGAGUAUGAGGCAUGUGUCAUGGGCCUACAAGCUGCUAUGGAUAAAAGAGUGAAAGUACUGAAAAUAUUUGAAGACUCAGCUCUAGUCAUAUAUCAGUUGAAAAGAGAAUGGGAAACGAGAGACUCAAAACUCGUUCCAUAUCAUAAGUAUAUUCUAGAGCUGACAAAGUAA